AUGUUUUUUAUUAAAUUUUUAUUUUUUUGUCAAAUAUUAUUUUUAAUAUUUCCUUUUUCUUCUCCGAUUUUACUAAAUAAUCAACGAAUUUUGGUUGAGUCCACAGAAAAUAACAAAAAUGAGGAUGGAAGUUUUAAAAUAAAAUUAUUGAGAAUGGAAUUGAAUAAAAUUGAGGAAGAAACUGGCCAAAGUAAAAUUGAAAUUUUAUAUGAAAUUGAUGAAAAAAAUGAAAAAGAUUGUGUUUAUACAAGUGUUUAUACAAAUAAUUGUGAUAAUUUUACAUUUGUUUUACACAGAGUGAAAAGUAUAAUUAAUGGAAAUAAAGGGAAAAAAAUAAUUUUAAUUGAAGAGUCUUUCUAUGAUUUAAAAAGAUUUGGGCUAAGUAUUUGUUUAAAGGAAAGUAAUGGAACAGAACAAAAGGUAAAGUUAAACACGUUUUUAUAGUCAAGUUUUGAUCCGUUAUGAUUUCCAAGAAGAUGAUACUUUUAGACCGUAUGACGGUAGUUAGGGAAUUUUGGUAGGUGUUCAAGUCAGAUUUAAAUUUUAUUGUGCCGCAUGCAAAAUUUUUGAGAAUUUUAACGUUAA